AUGUCUGGAGGCAAGGGUAAAGGCAAAGGUGGCAAGGGCAAAGACAGCACAGCGGCGCGUGGAACUAUGUCACACUCUGCACGGGCCGGUCUGCAGUUUCCUGUAGGCCGUGUGCGACGGUAUUUGAAGCAAAGCGUACAAAACAGGGUGCGGGUUGGAGCCAAGGCAGCUAUUUACAUUGCGGCAGUGCUGGAGUACCUGACGGCAGAGGUAUUGGAGCUGGCAGGUAAUGCAGCCAAGGAUUUGCGUGUGAAGAGAAUCACACCGCGACACUUGCAACUGGCUAUUAGAGGUGACGAGGAGCUGGAUACAUUAGUCAAGGCUACGAUUGCGUAUGGUGGUGUGCUUCCUCAUAUUAACAAGGUACUAUUGAUCAAGGCCGAGAAGAAGAAGCCUAAAGUGAAAUGA